GGUGCAAGUAUCGUUGCCAGAAAACGAUAUUCUGACUUUGUUGAGUUGCGAUCGCAACUGAUAAAAGCUUAUCCAAAAUUCUAUAAAUUGAUUCCUUCUUUACCACCAAAACGAGUAAUGGGAAAAUUUAUGCCCGAAUUUAUCGAGAAACGUCGCAAAGAUUUGGAAUAUUUUUUAGCCUAUGUGUUGUUGCAUCCAAUACUUGGGCCAACAGCUGUUGUGAGAAGAUGGUUUUCAAAUUCAUAG